UGUCAUCUUCAUUCUUUGAUGAUCACCAAUUCACCAUUAACAAAUAACAACAACAACAACAACAACAACAAACUAACCCUGCUAUCCUCCUCCUCCUCUUACACACCUACACGUCUUCCCCACCCACCUCACCCUUCUCUUUCUCUCUCCUCUACCUUCCAACGGUAACACAAUAUUCAAAUUCCCCCAUUUCGCCCAAAACAAAACCCCUAAUUUCAUCGAUGCAUUUCCAAGAAAAUCAACCAAAUUAAAUCCACAAAUUAUUUAAAAAAAAGAUGGGUGUAGAUUACUACAACAUUCUCAAAGUGAAUCGAAAUGCAAGCGAAGAUGAUCUCCGAAAAUCGUACCGUCGAUUAGCGAUGAUUUGGCACCCAGAUAAGAACCCUAAUAACAAGCGUGAAGCAGAAGCUAAAUUCAAGCAAAUUUCCGAAGCUUACGACGUUUUAAGCGAUCAACAAAAGCGUCAGAUCUACGAUCUUUACGGCGAAGAAGCUCUCAAAUCCGGUCAAUUUCCGGCGCCGCCUUCCGCCUCUCACGGCGGCGCGUCGGCGUCGCACCACCGGCAUCGCCACCCUAAUUCUUCGUCGUUUCGGUUUAAUCCGAGGGAUGCGGAUGACAUUUACGCCGAAUUGUUUGCGGAAGGAGGUUCGAACACGGGUGGGAGAGCCACCAGUAGAGGAAGAGGUUACAGAGAUGGGUUUUUCCGGACGUCUAAUGGUGGUGAUGGUGGGCCUGGGCCUGGGUCUGGGUCCGGCCCACUGAGGAAAGGGCCUCCUGUGGAGAAUAAUUUGCCGUGUAAUUUGGAGGAUUUGUUUAAGGGUGCUAAGAAGAAGAUGAAGAUUUCCAGAACUGUUGGUGAUGCUACUGGUCGGAUUCGUACUGUGGAGGAAAUACUGACCAUUGAAAUUAAACCGGGUUGGAAGAAGGGCACAAAGAUCACUUUUCCUGAGAAAGGUAACCAGGGCCCCGGUGUGAUUCCAUCAGACCUUAUUUUUGUGGUAGAUGAGAAACCUCACCCUCUUUAUAAGAGGGAUGGCAAUGAUUUGAUAGUUGAUCAGGAGAUAACUCUUCUGGAGUCCCUCACUGGAAAGAACCUUGAACUGACAACCCUUGAUGGAAGGAGUCUUAUUAUCCCUCUAAAUGAUCUUGUCAAACCUGGUGAUGAGGUGGUGGUUCCUAAUCAAGGCAUGCCAAUUUCAAAAGAACCCAACAAGAAAGGCAAUUUGAUAGUUAAACUCGAUGUGAAAUACCCGCCACGGCUCACUGAGGACCAAAAGGCUGAUCUAAGAAGAGUUUUGGGUGGAAGCUCGUAAGGAUUCCCGAGCAUACCCGCUGCUGCCGUCUGUAAAUACAGAACAGAUGCAAAUUGUGAAUACUAGCAUGAAAGUAAUUCAAGAUCCUGAGUUCCCAUGCAGGAAAAUAGGUUAGGUAGUAUCAUCAUCAGAAGCUCAAUACUUAUGUUGGUAGUGUUUCUCUUGGAGAAGGAAUGGGAAGAGAUGAUAGUCUAACGGAAACAUUUAGAUUGUUUUGACUACAGAUUUUGUGCAUUGCUGCUUGCAAUAUUGCUUCCUUUUUUCUUUUCUUUUUUUUUGCUAUUCCCCUCUUCGAUCAAAAUUUAUGUACCCAGGUUUUGUGUUAUAUGAGGACACUAGAAACGUUCAAGGGUGCUUUGCUUGUAUCUGAUUGUCACUGGAUUGAUUAAUUUGAACAAUUUUGGGCUUAUGUUCAAGGGUGUUAUAUAUGUUAAUAGAAUUUCUCACUUGUGACUCA